ACCCUGGGAGUUGCUGCUGCACACAAAAUACAACAGGGCUUGGUUGGAUGCCUCUGCAGAAAAUCCACCCAGAACAAGGACUGGAAAGGACUGGCGAUAAAUGCAACUAGCCUUGCUUCAUCUGCAAAGGCCAUGGCCGCUGCCCCUCACCUCAACUCGGAUGCGCUUCGAGAAGUCCUGGAAUGCCCCAUUUGCAUGGAAUGCUUUACUGAGGAGCACCUGAGGCCUAAGCUGCUGCACUGUGGGCAUACUAUCUGCAAGCAGUGCCUGGAGAAGCUCCUUGCCAACAGCAUCAACGGGAUACGCUGCCCCUUCUGUAGCAAAAUCACCAGGAUCACGAACCUGGCUCAACUGACGGACAACCUAACCGUGCUGAAGAUCAUCGACACUGCGGGGCUCAAUGAAACUGUUGGUAUGCUCAUGUGCAAAGCGUGCGGCCGGCGGCUCCCCAAGCACUUCUGCAAGACCUGCGGGCUGGUCCUGUGUGAGCCGUGCAAGGAGGCUGAACAUGCGCAACAGGGGCACGGGGUGGUUGCGAUCAAAGAGGCAGCUGACGAAAGGAGGAGGGAGUUUGGGGCGAAGCUUGGGCGGCUGCGGGAGUUGAUGGGAGACCUUCAGAAAAGGAAGGUGUGUCUGGAGGGGGUUUCGAAAGACUUGCAAGGGAGGUACAAAGGAGUCCUGCAGGAUUACAGCAAAGAGGAGCGCAAGAUUCAAGAGGAGCUGGCCAGAUCUCGCAAGUUCUUCACCAGCUCCCUCUCCGAAGUGGAGAAAGUGAAUAACCAGAUCAUGGAGGAGCAGGCUUACUUGCUGAACAUCGCAGAGGUGCAGAUAGUGUCCCGGUGCGACUACUUCCUUGCUAAAAUUAAACAGGGGGACAUAGCCCUUUUAGAGGAGGAGGGAGAUGAGGAGGAGCCCGAGCUGAUGAACAGCCUUCCGAAAGAACUGACCCUGCAAGAGGUGGAGCUCCUCAAGGUGGGCCACGUUGGGCCGCUGCAAAUUGGGCAAGUGGUGAAAAAGCCUCGGAGCAUCAAUGUGGAGGAAUCGCUGAUGGAGACAGCUGCGUCAGUCUCUGUGUCCUUUAGGGAGCCGGAAGUGGUUCAAGAAGAAACCAGCUCACUGCCAAAUUGUUCUUCCCCGGUCAAGCCAAGGAUGACAGAAGCGGCUGCCAGUAUACAGCAGUGUCACUUCCUCAAAAAGAUGGGCUCCAAAGGGAGCACCCCGGGGAUGUUUAAUCUCCCCGUCAGUGUGCACGUGACCCCGCAAGGGGAGGUACUCGUGGCAGACCGCGGCAACUUCCGAAUUCAAGUCUUCACCCGCAAGGGCUUCCUGAAGGAGAUCCGGCGAAGUCCCAGCGGCAUCGACAGCUUUGUGCUUAGCUUCCUUGGGGCUGACCUGCCCAACCUAACUCCCUUGUCCGUCACUAUGAACUGCCACGGGUUGAUUGGUGUGACGGACAGUUAUGAUAAUUCUGUCAAGGUGUACACGAUGGAGGGACACUGCAUAGCAUGCCACAGGAGUCAGCUUAGCAAGCCGUGGGGGAUCACAGCUCUGCCUUCGGGACAGUUUGUGGUGACGGAUGUGGAAGGGGGGAAGCUUUGGUGUUUUACCGUCGACCGUUGCGUCGGGAUCGUGAAAUACAGCUGCUUGUGCAGCGCAGUCCGCCCAAAGUUUGUCACUUGUGACACGGAAGGGACCAUUUACUUCACUCAAGGACUGGGCCUGAACCUUGAAAAUCGCCAACACGAGCACCAUUUGGAAGGAGGGUUUUCCAUCGGUUCUGUUGGCCCAGACGGGCAGCUGGGACGGCAGAUCAGCCACUUCUUCUCGGAGAACGAGGACUUCAGAUGCAUUGCUGGGAUGUGCGUGGAUGCGCGGGGCGAUCUGAUUGUGGCGGACAGCAGCCGUAAAGAAAUCCUGCAUUUCCCCAAAGGAGGCGGCUAUAACAUCCUAAUCCGAGAAGGGCUCACGUGCCCUGUCGGCAUUGCCAUCACUCCCAAGGGGCAGCUGUUAGUUCUGGACUGUUGGGAUCACUGCAUUAAGGUCUACAGUUACCAUCUGAGGAGGUAUUCCACUCCGUAGGAGGAAGCUGGGCCUCUUCUUACAGGAUCCCUCAGCAGGCUGACUGACACCAGUGCCAUAUUUCCAAACAGACUGCCACCGUGGCUGUCGUCUUUUGUGCGUGUUUAGAAGAAAAAAGUAGAAUGUGUGUGUGUGUGGGUUUCCCCCUCUUAAAUGCAAUGAAGUGCAACUCCUUGACAAGUGAAGAGAGUUGGGGGCGAGCAUAACGCACGCAGACACCCCCGGACCACCAGACCCUCCACCUUCCAGUCACUGCAUGUUGAUUCUGCAAUAAGCUCUCGAGGACUGGCUCCUUCCACACGAGACUCCGUUACGUGGCCUUCUCGUCGCAGCCGUCGGCGGCACUGUUCUGCAGUCCGACCCCUCUGGAUUUUCUAAUUAUAUUGUUGUAGCCAAUCCUGUCACAAGAGCAUCGGUAGAGCUGCUGUAUAGAAGCAAAUACAACACUCCCUACCCCCAUCCUAUAGUGACCUAGUUAUCUUUCUGGUGUCGACCGAGUCCUGCCAUGCAAACACGGUCCAUUUUACCCGAUGUGAAGCACGCCUGCUGCCGUUAAGGAAAACAGACUUGAAGCAGAGAACUGCUUUUCUGGUAGCAGCAGAGACCUUCCCCCCCACCCCAUUGAUAACCCCGGGCAUUUGUUGCAAUCAGCCUGAGAAAGACAUCAAGGGGUUGCUUGGGGGGGGGGGGGGGGGACGGGGGACGUUGCACACGGUAGAAUUGAUUGUGGUUUGUUAUUUGAAACCGUGUUGUAUCUUGUCUGGAAAAUGUCUCGGAAGGUCAUGUUUCUAGUUGACGUGCCUCCAGGGGAGGGAGAAAUUGGGGUAAACAAGAUGAAAUGUGACAAAUUAUACGUCUACCUGUGCACCUU